AUGAGAGGGCGGAUGGGAGGACGGAAAGGAGUGAAGAGGAAUUGUGCGGAAAAAGUGUCGGAUCCCCUUCAGCAGGGCGCGGCGGAACGUAUUUCCUCGUGGGAGGUUGAACAACCGCACGAGGAGACACAAAAAGAUUCCAUUGAAGAGUCGUGGGAGCGACUGGCGCCUUCAGCGAAUGGGCCACUGGUGGCGCGACUUGUCCCGCUGUCUGUUGAUGGUGCCGAACUCUCCGCUAUUGAUUUAUACCGCGACGUCGGCCGUAUGAUGCUGGGGCGCUCACAGCAGCUUUUUGCGGAAUGCCGCAUUGGUGUUGCCUCGGUGUCUGCGCAGCACUGUGAGUUGGCUGUCAACCCUGGCUCGCUAAAAGUGACAAUUCGCGACUUCUCCACCAACGGAACAUUUCUUAACGGAGACCGACUUAAGAAGGGUGUGGAGGUGGAGCUGCGGUCAGGUGACCACGUGUUUCUCACAAAUCCGGCAAAGGAAUCAAAACCAGACGCACCCAGUGUUGAAUUUAUCUUUCAGCGUGUCAACAGCGAAAUAAAGGUCGAUGUAUUGGUGGAGGAGCUGACUUGCCCUGUUUGCAGGGGCUUGUUCAUUCGUCCGUGUAGUACAAUUCCAUGUUUGCAUGUCUGUUGCGCUGCCUGCAUUAGCCAGUGGGUAGAUGCUGGUCACAAGAGCUGCGUCCAGUGCCGCGCAAAUAUUUGGGAGGUGCGCCCGGCACACAAAAUACAAAGCUGCGUCGAAGAGUUGCUUAAAAGCAACCCUCAAUUGGCUCGAUCCGACGCUGAAUUGCAUGAAUUCGCGAAACAUGACACCAUUCCGCAGGGUGGCAAAAAACUGCGAAAAAGGCCCCACGACGAAGCGAGUGAAGAUACUUCAAACUCGUCUUCCUCUUCCCGGGACAGCGACGGCUCCGACAGUUUUCAUUACUCUGAAAUGAGAUCCAAUGAUUCCCAUGUGGUGGACGGUAACCCUCGUCAAUCCUGUCGACAUUGCCGGGGUGCAUCUUCUGUUGAUGGGUUUCGCUGCCCCACAGAUGCACCACAUCGGCAUUGUAGAGCUUGUGGUAACAGCUUUCCCUAUCGACCGCUGUGUUCUCGGCCACAGAAUUGCCAGAUGUGCGGUGCUGCCUACUGUAACUUUUACUACGAAGGAGAAGGUGGCUGCCGCGCUGUUCUGAACGGACAUUUAGUACGUCCUAAAGACAGCACUCCCAUCAGAACGAUGCCCCGGACAGCUUUUGGAGGUAACACCGUGGAACGGAAUAUUCUUUCCGAUUAUUUAUCCACCAAAGGCAUCAGUCUGGGGACGGUGUGGUUGGAGUGCAUGGAGAAAUUUCGGGCACGGGAAUGGGUUCCGAACAUCGUGUGCGCGAAUGGGCAGUUAACGGAGGAUUCCCCCCUCUGUGUGAAGUGCAUGAAUGCCGUUGUGGACUCUUUGCUGUUUUUUUAUCGAUUAAAAGUGCCUCGCCACGAACUUCCUGAAAGCGUCACUAAGAGGCCGAAUUGCUGGUAUGGUGACAAGUGCCGCACCCAAUUCCACAAAGUGCGACAUGCAAAUCGGUACAACCAUGCGUGUUACCAGGAGAAGGGGAAGGAGUAG